AUGGCGACCGCUCAAGCCUCUGCGGCCCCUCCAGCCCCUCCAGCCGCGCCCCAGACGAGCAGCAAUGGCGCCAAUGGCAACAGGCCCAAGCGGCCCAAUCCCGGCGGCAACAACCGCAGCUGGAAGCAGAAGAAGACGAAGAGAGAAAAGAACAUCACCGAAGGGUCUUCGGAGGAGGUCUUGCGAUAUGAUAUCGAAGCACUGCUAGAAUCACGGAGAUCCGAAACCGAUGCUACCGCCGACGGCGAAGCCACCGAGACGCAAGAAGAAGCCCUACCAGCUGAAGGAACCGAGACCGAAGUCGAAGUCCUGGAGCUCUCCUCCACCGGCGAUGGCCUCGCCAUGAGGGCCGGCUCCAACCAGGUAUACGUCGUGCCGUUUACCGUGCCCGGCGACGUCGCCAAAGUCAAGGUGUUCCGCCACCUACGGCGCGAGAACCAGACCGUCGCCGACUUCAUCUCCAUCAUCAAGCCCUCGCCGCUGCGCGACGACGCCCGCAUCCAGUGCAAGUACUUUGGCACCUGCGGCGGCUGCCAGUUCCAGAUGCUCGACUACGCCGAGCAGCUCCGCCGCAAGCGCAGAAUCGUCGACAAGGCUUUUCGGAAUUUCGCCAACCUCCCGGCCGAGCUGGUGCCCGCCGUCCUCGACACCGUCGGCAGCCCGCUGCAGUACGGCUACCGCACCAAGCUGACGCCUCACUUUGACGGGCCUCCCGGGUUCCGCCCGCACAAGAGGAACAAGGGCCCCAAGCCCCAGUUCGACAGCUGUCCCGACAUUGGCUUCAUGCGCAAGGGCCAGCGCAAGGUCAUGGACAUUGAGGACUGCCCCAUCGGCACCGACGUCGUCCGGCUGGGCAUGAAGCGCGAACGGGAAAGGAUGCAGAGGGAGUUUGGCGAGUACCAGCGAGGCGCGACGAUCCUCCUGCGAGAAAACACCCAGCGCCAUCCCGUCGAUGCUUCUGGCGAUGACGCCGCCCCGGCCGCCGACAGCCUGGCUCCUUGUACCGUCCGCAACGACAGCGAGUUUGGCAUCGACAUCAAGACCUGCGAGACCGACUCCAAAGCCACCACGCACGAAUACAUCCGCGACCACCACUUCACGAACCCCGCGGGCUCCUUCUUCCAAAACAACAACUCCAUCCUGCCAAUCUUCACAGACUACAUCAAGCAGCACGUCCUGCCCUCGUCCUCGUCCUCGUCCUCGUCCUCGGACAUCAAGUACCUCAUCGACGCCUACUCCGGCUCCGGCCUCUUCACAAUCACCCUCGCCUCCGUCUUCCAGCACUCCACGGGCAUCGACAUCGCCGCCGACUCCAUCGCCUCCGCCCGCCAAAACGCCGCCCUCAACGGCCUCGGCGAGGACCGCUGCAAGUUCAUCGCCGCCGACGCCCGCGAGCUCUUCAAGAGCGUCGCCUACCACCCGGACCACACCACCGUCAUCCUCGACCCCCCGCGCAAGGGCUGCGACGCCGACUUCCUCGGCCAGCUGCGCCGCUUCGGCCCCAGGAGGGUCGUCUACGUCAGCUGCAACGUGCACACCCAGGCGCGCGACGUCGGCGUCUUGGUCAGGGGCGAGGGCGAGGGCAAGAGGUAUGAGAUUGAGAGCCUGAGAGGAUUUGACUUUUUCCCCCAGACGGGUCAUGUUGAAGGCGUUGCUGUUUUGAACAGGAUAGAUAAUUAA